CGGAGAUCGAGCGGUGCCGCUCCGAGUGCCAAUGGGAGCGGAUCCCCGAGCUCGUCAAGCAGCUGUCGGCCAAGCUCAUCGCCAACGGUCCCUUGUACCAACUGUCUUAAAAAAAACAUGUUCAGUGGAAAUGGACUGAGCAACACAUGGAAGCAGUAUCCCAGCUAAAAGAGGCCGUUGUCAAGGCCCUGUUGUUGAUCACUCUAUAUCCUAAGAUACCCUAUCAUCUGAAGCUAGCAAUGACAUGGCAGAACUUCUCCUUGGGGAGUCCAAACUAGAACAGUUUUUGAAGGAAAAUCCUUUUAAACAGGGCACUAGUCCCCAGGGUCCCCGGCCAAAGCUGACUGAGGUCAGGAAACAUCUCACUGCAGCACUUGACAGAGGAAAUCUAAAGCCAGAAUUCUUACAAGAAGCCAACUUAAUUAUGGCCAAGUUAAACUAUGUGGAAGGUGAUUACAAAGAAGCUCUUAACACUUAUGCCAGGGUUGAAGUUGAUGACUUGCAUCUUGUUGCCGUGCCUCCUUACAGGCUGAGGAUGAUUGCUGAAGCAUAUUCUGCCAAAGGUCUUUGUCUAGAGAAGUUGCCAAUUUCCUCGUCAACUAGUAACCUCCACACGGACCGUGAACAAGAAAUCAUUACGUGCUACGAGAAAGCUGGAGAUAUUGCCCUCCUGUACCUUCAGGAGAUAGAAAGGGUAAUAAUUACCAAUAUACAAAACAGAAGCCCUAAACCAGGGUCUGCAGUCCAUGAACAGGAACUGGGAUUUUUCCUAGAAACAGGACUUCAAAGAGCACAUGUCUUGUAUUUCAAAAAUGGGAACUUGACAAGAGGAGUUGGUAGAUUUAGAGAGAUUCUAAGAGCUGUUGAAACAAGAACUACACAAAAUCUGCGAAUGACAAUAGCCAGGCAGCUAGCUGAAAUUUUGUUACGAGGUAUGUGUGAACAGAGUUACUGGAAUCCACUGGAAGACCCUCCUCAUCAGUCACCUCUUGAUGAUCCACUUCGGAAAGGCUCAAAUACUAAAAAUUACGCACUCAGCAGAAGACCCCGGGUGUACACUGGAGAAAACAUUUUUUGUCCUCAAGAAAACACAGAAGAAGCCCUAUUGUUGUUGCUGAUUAGUGAAUCUAUGGCUAACCGUGAUGCUGUACUGAGCAGAAUACCAGAGCACAAAAAUGAUCGCAUCAUCAGUUUGCAAAGUGCAUCUGUGGUCUAUGAUUUGCUUACAAUUGCCUUAGGGAGAAGAGGUCAAUAUGAAAUGCUAUCAGAGUGUUUAGAAAGAGCAAUGAAGUUUGCAUUUGAAGAGUUCCAUCUUUGGUAUCAGUUUGCAUUGUCCCUAAUGGCAGCGGGAAAAUCUGCUCGAGCUGUUAAAGUCCUGAAGGAGUGUAUACGUUUGAAACCAGAUGAUGCUACUAUUCCACUUCUUGCCGCAAAGCUGUGCGUGGGAUCUCUUCACUGGCUGGAAGAAGCGGAAAGAUUUGCCAAAACAGUUGUUGAUGUUGGUGACAAAACGUCGGAGUUCAAAGCAAAAGGCUAUUUAGCAUUGGGACUAACUUACAGCCUGCAAGCCACUGAUGCAUCUUUGCGAGGGAUGCAAGAGGUCCUGCAGAGAAAGGCUCUUCUUGCAUUUCAGAGGGCCCACAGUUUGUCUCCAACAGAUCAUCUCACAGCAUUUUACCUGGCACUGCAGCUUGCCAUAUCUAGACAGCAUUUUUUUACUCAGAUCCCAGAAGCUUUAGGUUAUGUUCGUCAGGCUCUUCAACUUCAAGGAGAUGAUGCCAACUCUUUGCAUCUCCUUGCACUCUUGCUGUCAGCCCAGAAACACUAUCAUGAUGCUUUGAAUAUAAUUGAUAUGGCCUUGAGUGAAUAUCCAGAAAACUUCAUAUUGCUGUUUUCAAAAGCCAAACUGGAAUCCCUGUGCAGAGGCCCGGAUGAGGCACUCCUUACCUGCAAACAUAUGCUACAGAUUUGGAAGUCCUGUUACAAUCUCACUAACCCUAGUGAUUCUGGACGUGGGAGCAGUCUGUUAGACAGAGCCAUUGCUGACAGACGACAGCUCAAUACGAUUACCUUACCUGACUUCAGUGACCCUGAAACAGGUUCAGUCCAUGCAACGUCAAUAGCAGCCUCCAGAGUGGAACAGGCACUGUCUGAGGUUGCUUCAUCUUUGCAGAGCAGUGCUCCUAAGCAAGGUCCUCUGCAUCCUUGGAUGACUCUGGCUCAAAUCUGGCUUCACGCAGCUGAAGUCUAUAUAGGAAUUGGGAAGCCUGCUGAAGCCACAGCAUGUAUUCAGGAAGCAGCUAACCUCUUUCCAAUGUCACAUAAUGUUCUCUACAUGAGAGGUCAAGUGGCUGAACUUCGAGGAAAUAUUGAUGAAGCCAAACGCUGGUAUGAAGAGGCCUUAUCUAUCAGUCCUACCCAUGUAAAAAGUAUGCAGAGACUGGCUCUGAUACUUCACCAAUUAGGACGCUAUAGUUUGGCUGAGAAGAUUCUCAGAGAUGCUGUCCAAGUGAAUUCUACAGCCCAUGAGGUUUGGAAUGGUCUUGGGGAAGUUCUACAAGCUCAGGGCAAUGAUGAUGCAGCAACAGAGUGCUUCCUGACGGCAUUAGAGCUUGAAGCCAGCAGCCCAAUCGUCCCUUUUACCAUCAUUCCACGAAUUCUCUGAGAUAAUAUCUUGAUUACUGAGUUCAUCAUGUUUCAAGUUUUGGAUUUGAGGGUGAGGAAACACAACAUACAGGUCUCUUUGAUAACUCAGCGUGAUUUCAGAGGUAACAGAAAACCCCAUAAAAUUUGUUAACUAUUGUGGGAAACCUGACAAAGCAUUGAAGUGAAACAAUAUUUUAAUGUUAGUGAGGAAAAAAUGACUAACCAAAAACAAAUCUCUCAUAAAUCACCUACAUUUUUUCCCCAUGGUAGUUAUGAAGCCUGAUUAUAUUGUUCUAAUAGAUAAUGUGCCAUAUUUCAUUAGAUGACAUCUGAGUGUUAUGUAAAAAUUAUAAUGGAAUCCACCAUCAAGUGUAGAAUAAUAUAUUUGAAUUAAAAUUCAGUGGCAGAGCAGACUAUUUUUAACAAGCCUGUCGUGAAAACUGUUCUCUCUCCUCCUCCGUCUCAACCCCUCUUGGCCUAAAGUCAAACUGUGAAUUUUCUGUUUUCCAUCUCUGUACUAGUCCAGGCCAGAAAAUCAGUUGAAGAGUUCUUGGUUUUGGUUGUUAAAAACUGUGAUGUGUGGCUAAUUGUUAUCUUUACUUAGAACAAAGGCUGAGUAUAAGAAUAUUUAUAUUUUACCAAUGUAUGCCUGCUACAAAAAAAGAAAAUAUUCGUUAUUUAAGUGUAACUUUUUAAUGUGAAUUCAGAGUUUAUUUAUCGAUGGAAAUAUGUAAAAAGAAGCUUCAAAUGGAAUAUUUACUGACAUUCCUUAUACAUUGCUCACACUUGGAAGAUUAUGUUGUUAAUAAAAAGAUUUUUA